AAUUAUAAGUACUGCAAAAAAUGGAAGCUUCACUUAAGAACAAAAGAUACAAAAAGAUUAUUGUUUCAUCCCCCACAAACACUACUAUUCAACGUUGCUAUGCUUGCAAAAAUGUUUGUAAUAGUUCUCAGCCUAGUGCAGAAGCAAGGUUCUUUUGCAGAUGGUGUAAAUCUGAGUGUGUAAGUGUAGUUACUUCAAGAACAACUCCAUACCUGUGUUCUACAUGCCACAAUGUUAGUAUUCCAACUCUGGGACAAGAGAAAUCCAGGGAAGUGUGUGGAAUAUGCAGCCAAGUGAAGAAAAUUGGAACAAAAUUUUUCAAACAUGGAUAUCCGGAUAAUCGAAACAAAAUUGGAACUUUGCUAAGCAGAGAAGCACCAUCUUCAAUGGCUUUGUCUUCCUCCUCAUCAUCCUUCCCAGGCAGACAUAGCAAGCGUGCGGUUCUCUGUGGAGUUUCUUACACAAAAAUGAAAUUCAAACUCAAGGGAACUGUUAAUGAUGCUAACAACAUGAGGGAGUUGCUGAUUAAGAAUUUCAAGUUUCCAAAUGAGUGCAUAAGAGUCCUCACAGAACAAGAGAAGAAUGCUGAUUUAAUACCAACAAAACAUAACAUCAUGGAGUCCUUAAGGUGGCUUGUGAAGGACUGCCAGGCAGGAGACUCCUUGGUCUUUUACUUCUCGGGGCACGGCCUGCAACAACCGGAUUUCAAAGAAGAUGAGAUUGAUGGAUUUGAUGAAGCUCUCUGUCCGGUUGAUUUUAUCAAAGAAGGAAUGAUCAUUGACAAUGAUAUAAAUUCUACCAUUGUUUGGCCUCUCAAGAGUGGUGUCACACUCCAUGCCAUUGUUGAUGCCUGUCACAGUGGAACCAUUCUUGAUCUUCUCUAUGUUUAUAAUCUUGAAAGGAACAUUUGGGAGGAUAACAAGCCACCAUCAAAGGAACCUAUCAGAAAACAUACAAGUGGGGGAGUGGCAAUUUGUCUCAGUGCAUGUGAAGAUAGCCAAUCAGCUAAUGAUAGCACAGUCUUUGGUGGAAAGGGAAUGAACGGUGUUCUUACUUAUCUUCUCACAAAGGCAAUAAGGGAACACCCUCAAAUAACUUAUGGGGCAUUACUAGACAAGUUACAGAUUGAAAUUAAAAAGAUUAAUAGAAGUAGAUGCCGUAGCAGCAUCUUGCAACGUAUCUUCCAUCGUAAAAUUGUACAGGAUCCCCUUCUCUCAUCAUCAGAGAAAUUUGAUGUUUCUACAAAAAUAUUCGCAUUGUGAGCAUGUAAGAG